AAACUGGCUCAGGAGAAGCGACAGCGGAGGUUUAGAGUUUGCCCCAGAAGUGGCAGAGUACGUUCUGGCGCAAGACAGUGGUACCUAGCAGAAAUGGCCGAAAAUAAGGAAAAUGAAGCAUUUGAAAAAUGCGAAAUUGGCGAUCGUGAUGAAGAAGUCCUCAAUGCAAAACCAUCAGGACGGGACAUCACUUUAGAAUGCUUUGUGAUUAACCGAUGCGCAAAAGUUGCUACUAAAAAAAGGAAACAGAACACUAAUGACGAAAGUUACAUGCGGUGGUUGCACAGCCCAUCGUAUAUGGAAUUUAUGGAUUUAAGCAAGUCAACACCGAAAUACGUGCAUAACUUUGCCGAUGAAGAGCGAGAGAGGUGGGACAGAAAAGCAGUUUCCUGGAAAUGCGAAGUGUUGCCACAUUUAGACAUUCCGCUGCUUGAGAACACAACAGUGGAGGAUUUCGCUGCACGGAACACUGACCAGUGUCGGAAAGUGAAAGGUAUUUGGCCUGAGAUAUACAUUUCCGAAUCGGUGACCAGUCAGCAGCUGCUGUCUCUCGCUGCACAGCACGACGCGUAUUUCAUCUUCCGGAAAGUGAGGAGUGCCAAUGGAAGCGACAAAAACUGCGUGAGGUGA